UUCCGGUCGUGCCACGCCGCGGCGCCCCCGCAUAGCAUAGCUAAACACCACCUGCGAGCGAUAAGGAAGGGAGAGGAGGCGCCCAACAAAUCACAGCGUCCCACGCCGUGCGCCGGGUGUCGCCGCCGCCUCGUCUCUUUCCCCAAGGCCGCGGCACCCAUCGAGCGCCGCCCGGGUAGCGGGAGCUCGAGGGCGGCAAGGGAGCGGCGUCGCGUUCCGUUCCCGCGCGCCCGCCACGGUCCCGCCGUCUCCGGGAAGAGGGGGGCUCCUCGGGACGGAAGGCGUCUCUUGGGCACCAGGCCCACAUCAUUGUUCGCAGGAACGAAACGAAGGGCCGGGACCUCGAGCCCUGCCGGCCAUUCCGUUACGCGUCGCGAGAUCCCCGCGGAAUCGUUGCGGUAGCGCGGGGAAGGCGGCGAUCGUGGGCCGGGGCGGAUGCAGCACAAAUGGAAGGCCGUGGAGGGCGGCGGGUGCGCCGGCGUCGCGGGCGGCGGCGACCAGCGCCGGCGGUGCGUGGCGGCGUCGCUGUCCAUGCUCAUCGCGGCCACCCUGGCGUUCCUCGCGUACGUCGCCUUCUUUCCCAACGACGGCGCGGGCGGGCUGUACCGGCUGUGGAGGUGCCAGGACUGCGCGGGCGAGCUCGGCGAGUUCCCCGGUGACGAGGCGGCCGCGGCCGACGGGCCUUCGGCCUCGCGCGCGGCCAGGGAGCCGACGACGCUGUCGCACGUCGUGUUCGGCAUCGGCGCCUCGGCGCGGACGUGGGACCAGCGGCGCGGGUACGCGGAGCUGUGGUGGCGCCCCGACCAGAUGCGCGGGCACGUGUGGCUCGACGAGGAGCCCGUGAGCCCGUGGCCGGCGGCGACGUGCCCGCCGUACCGCGUCUCGGCGGACGCGUCCCGGUUCGGGGACCGCGCGUCGGCGGCGCGGAUGGCCAGGAUCGUGGCGGACUCGUUCCUGGCCGUCGCGGCGGAGCUCGGGAACGACACGGCCCGCGACGAGCCGCGGUGGUUCGUGAUGGGCGACGACGACACGGUGUUCUUCCCGGACAACCUGGUGGCCGUGCUGCGCAAGUACGACCACGAGGAGAUGUACUACGUCGGGGCGCCGUCGGAGAGCGUGGAGCAGGACGUGAUGCACUCGUACGGCAUGGCCUUCGGCGGCGGCGGGUUCGCGGUCAGCUACCCGGCCGCCGCCGCGCUCGCCAAGGCCAUCGACGGCUGCCUCGACCGCUACGUGUACUUCUACGGCAGCGAUCAGCGCGUGCAGGCCUGCCUCACCGAGCUCGGCGUCCCGCUCACCCGCGAGCCCGGAUUCCACCAGGUGGACAUCCGCGGCGACGCGUACGGGAUGCUGGCGGCCCACCCGGUGGCGCCGCUGGUGUCGCUGCACCACCUCGACCACAUCCAGCCCAUCAGCCCGCGGGGCAAGACCGCGCUGGAGGCGGUCCGCCCGCUGGUGGCCGCGUCCCGCCUGGACCCGGCGCGGGCGCUGCAGCAGAGCAUCUGCUACCAGCGCGGGCCGGGCUACGUCUGGUCCGUCUCCGUCGCGUGGGGCUACACCGCGCAGCUGUACCCGUGGGCCGUGGCGCCGCACGACCUGGAGGUGCCGCUGCAGACGUUCCGGACCUGGCGGAGCUGGGCCGACGGGCCGUUCGUGUUCAACACGCGGCCGCUGAGCCCGCGCGACGCCUGCGCGCGCCACGCCAUGUUCUUCCUCAGCGCCGCCCGGAACGGGACGGCCACCACCGUGACGGAGUACGCCAGGCACGACGCCGCGCCGCCGUCGGAGAAGGAGUGCGACAGGGCCAGCUUCCGCGCCGCGUCCACGGUGCACACCGUCAGGGUCAUCGCCCCCAGGAUGAGCGAGAGCGACUGGAGACGGGCUCCGCGGCGGCAGUGCUGCAAGACGAGGCGGACGAGCUGGGGCUCGGUGCUGGAGGUGCGGAUACGGCGCUGCGGUCGGGGAGAGCUCACGUCGCCGUGAUUUCGCCACGGCAGCGGAUGCUAAGGAUCGUUCGGUUGUCUGACACGAACGAGAUAGUGGAGGCCGGCGACGAACAGGUUCUCCUCGCUGUAUAUAAAUGGCUUCGUGGAUUAUGAGACCCUCGACACAUACAGAUUACGUAGACGGUAUACGUGCGUACAUCAGGUCCCUCCCUUGUUUGGCCUCGCCGGCUUGGUGACAAGUGAUGGGUUCUGCCGUUCUGAUAAGGAGAGGGUCGUGGCCCUGCUGUAUGUUUCAGCCUGUACCUCUUUCCUGGUAGCUUACUGAUUUUGAAAAUGGGAAAUGAUUGUUUGCUUGAAGUCGUGGAUUGAGGACGGUAUUGGAUGGGAAGGAAGGAGGAGUUCAAGAUGCGAGACUUUCAAUCUUGAACCAACGACUUUAAAUA